AUGGAAAAAAUGGAGCUUUGCUUAUUUGCGUCUGCGCGAGCGGCUCUUGCCCCUGUGCUGUCUUCUGUGUCACAAAGUGAGACAGAAUGCAUUAAGGAAGAGUCUCUAAAAAGUCUAGAAGAAUUGAUUUGGCUUAAAGGACGGCUUUCUACAAAACUUAAACAAAUGUAUCACCUUCGCUUGGAAUUGGUGCGGCUAACCCACAAUCUCUGGUCGAAAGGAUCCCUUGACGAAAACAAUGUCCUCAAUCCUGUCUUUUCUUGGAUUUUUGGCGAUAAAAUUGAAAUAAAAAUGUGCUCGAGGAAACUGGAACAAGCGAACUUUGCAAUUGGGGCCUUAAUUGCGUGGAGAGAGGCUGGGGAAGAAUUUUGGCGCUGGAUGAAUAGUGUUCUUGAUAUCAAGCUGAAGGAGGGACCUUAUGAGUAUUCUGAUAUUUUACGUCACCAUCCUUAUGAAAUGGAUCUUGAAAAGCUUUUAUCCAUCUACAAAGAUUUAUUACAUACGGUUUCUCAGUACUCUUUUAUCGCGGAUAGAUUUGAAACAAACUGGGAGACGUCUAACAGUGUGGACGAUAAAGAUUCACUUAAAAAGCUAUUAGUCUGCAUCGAUGAUGACAUUUUGUUUUUCCAGCACCAUCUCACUCCAUCAAUUUCGGAUGAUAUGGAUUUUAAUGAACUUGGUUUAAACUCCCACUUUAUUUGGAACUCACAGGAUAAAUCUGAUCACGAUGAUCCAUGUGAACCAUUAUGUUCUGAUAUCUCAUUAGAUAAACACAAACUAGAUAAAUUAACUGAGCUUGUUAAGGCUGAGUUGAAAUCACAGCGAAUGAUUGCUAUUGACAAGCUACAAAAAUUUUCUUCCUCCCUGUCCCCUAAUGUAAUUUAUCUUUUUGAUCCUGUAAAGUAA